AUGGCGAUCUGUACUUAUAACGCACGUACGCUUGCAUCGGAAGCGGCCAUCGAAGAUCUGAUGAUGCAAGCCAAGAAGAUCAAGUACGACGUCAUCGGACUGACCGAAACGAGACGACGUCACCCUCUCAACGCCGUAUAUGAGACUGGAGAAGAACUGUUCUUAGGAACAUGCGACAGUAGAGGUGUUGGUGGAGUUGGCGUUCUCGUCAACACGAGUAUGGCAAAGAACAUCGACUCUUUCGAACAACUUACGACCCGAAUCGGACGUCUGCGGAUGAGAAGAUGUGGCCCAAAACCAGCUUUGACUAUCUUCGUCGCUUACGCUCCAACAUCAAGCUACGAAGAAGAAAAAGUCGAAGCUUUCUAUAUGGACCUGGAGAAGUUCUACCGAGAAGACCAUGCCUUCUACAAGGUCAUAAUUGGCGAUUUCAACGCCAAGGUUGGCCCAAGAAGAACGCCGGAGGAACUUCACAUCGGUACCCACGGCCUACAAUGGAAUGACCAGGGGGAGAGGAUCUCCGAGUUCAUCAUGACGACUAAGACCAUCCAUGGGAAGCCCUCCUCUCUAUGCUGGACGUGGGAGUCACCCGGUGGAGGGUACCGUAAUGAAAUAGACCACAUCAUCGUCAAUAAAAGGUUCUGCCUGACGGACAUCGGUGUUGUACCAAAGUUCUAUACGGGAUCGGACCAUCGCCUUCUCCGAGGAAGAUUUUCCUUCACAAAGAGAGCAGAGAAAGCCGCCAAGUUCAGGGAGAGAAAUCCCAGGACUACCAUCAACUAA